AUGAACCUUCUCUGCAUCGCUCUGAAGAUGCUGCCUGCCACUGCAACAUCUUUUAUCCAUCUGCAAGUGGAGGGCAGAGCAGUGGAGGGCCAGGGCUCUAACCUGGCCAUCAAACGGACUGGUAGCCUCUCCUCUCCAGGGAUCAUGUACCCUCAGGGCAGGCACCCGGUCCCCUUGCAACCUGGCCAGUCCUUUAAGUUCACCGUCCUGGAGACACUGGACAGGAUCAAGGAGGAGUUCCAGUUCCUUCAGGCUCAGUAUCACAGCCUGAAACUGGAAUGUGAAAAACUGGCCAGUGAGAAGACUGAGAUGCAGCGGCACUACAUCAUGUACUACGAGAUGUCCUACGGCCUAAACAUCGAGAUGCACAAGCAGGCGGAGAUCGUCAAGCGUCUCAGUGCCAUCUGUGCUCAGAUCAUCCCAUUCCUCUCACAAGAGCACCAGCAGCAGGUGGUCCAGGCGGUGGAGAGGGCCAAGCAGGUCACAAUGGCAGAACUGAAUGCAAUCAUUGGGCAGCAGCUCCAGCACCUGUCGCACCACGCCCCCGGUAUCCCCCUGACCCCUCACCCGUCGGGCUUGUCUCUGGGCGCUGGCGGUUCGGGUCUCCUGGCGCUGACCGGUGCUCUGGGAGUGUCUGCUCACCUGGCCUCAAAAGAUGAACGCAACCACCUGGACCCAGAACACCUCAGAGAGGGAGCCCCCAGCCGGAGUAAAUCAGUGUCGUCGACAGACAGUCAGCCGAACGAGGAGCGCCAGGGUCCGUCUGGAGGGUACAGCUCGUCUCAGGGAGGAGCAGAGGCCAAGAGGAGGCGAUGUGAGGACAAGGACUCGCUGCCACCGCACUCAUACGACAGUGAUGCGGAAAAGAGUGAGGACAACCUUGUGGUGGACGUCUCAAAUGAAGAGCCAAACUCUCCAGCAGGCAGCCCCCCUCACUCUCCACAUGGGAACGGCUUAGACCGGGCCCCCACUCUCCGCAAAGAGCUUCCUGGCUCCUCAGGCACUGAUGCUCCCACCACCCCAAACCCACGUAGUCCUACCCCUGGGAAGAGCAAGGACCCUGCACAGAUGGACAAAUCGCAGUCUCCAUUGUCUAAGUCUGGCACGCCGUCUCCGUCCCACCGGGAGGCUCUCACCCCGGGGGCCCCAGGCGCUCCUGGUCCCAGCACAUCCUGCCUUCGCCUGGUCAGCAAAGCAGCCUCAUCUGCUGACCCACUUGCUCUCCGCAGCCCCUUGUCUGUACCCCCUGGUUCAUACCCGGCUCACUUUGGGGUGGUGUCCCACGCAGGACUCAAUGGUGAACUGGCCAGCCCUGGAGGUUUUGGAGGCCCUUUGACUCUGUCUCCACAGAUCAGUGCAGCAGCCAGCGCGUAUUCGCGGAGCCCCAUGGUUGCAUAUGAUUCUCGAGCUCAUCUCAGGGCAUCUGGAUUAUCCUCCUCUCUUCCUGGUGCAUCAGGAGGCAAGCCUGCAUACUCAUUCCACGUGAGCGCAGAUGGGCAGAUGCAGCCCGUGCCCUUCCCCCCUGAUGCCCUCCUGGGCCCGGGGAUCCCUCGACACGCACGGCAGAUCCACACACUGAGCCACGGAGAGGUGGUGUGUGCCGUCACCAUCAGCACCUCCACCCGCCACGUCUACACUGGAGGAAAAGGCUGCGUCAAAGUGUGGGACAUCAGCCAGCCGGGCAACAAGAGCCCCAUGGCCCAGCUCGACUGUCUGAACCGAGACAACUACAUCAGAUCCUGUAAAAUCCUUCCUGACGGCCGGACUCUAAUAGUGGGCGGUGAGGCCAGUACACUGUCCAUCUGGGACCUGGCCACGCCCACUCCUCGCAUCAAGGCGGAGCUGACGUCGUCUGCGCCCGCCUGCUACGCUCUGGCCAUCUCCCCCGACAACAAAGUGUGUUUCUCCUGCUGCAGCGACGGCAACAUCGUGGUGUGGGACCUGCACAACCAGACUCUCGUGAGACAGUUCCAGGGCCACACAGACGGAGCGAGCUGCAUCGACAUCUCUAAUGACGGCACUAAACUGUGGACAGGAGGACUGGACAACACUGUCCGCUGCUGGGACCUCCGAGAGGGACGCCAGCUGCAGCAGCAUGACUUCACCUCACAGAUCUUCUCCCUGGGCUACUGUCCCACGGGCGAGUGGCUGGCUGUGGGGAUGGAGAGCAGUAAUGUGGAAGUGCUGCACGUCUCCAAACCAGACAAGUACCAGCUGCACCUCCACGAGAGCUGUGUCCUCUCACUAAAGUUCGCCUCCUGUGGGAAGUGGUUCGUGAGCACAGGUAAAGACAAUCUGUUGAAUGCAUGGAGGACACCUUAUGGAGCCAGCAUAUUCCAGUCCAAGGAGUCGUCGUCUGUGCUGAGCUGCGACGUCUCUCCGGAUGACAAGUACAUCGUGACGGGCUCAGGCGACAAGAAGGCCACGGUGUACGAGGUGGUGUACUGA